AUGAUAGUGAUAAUAUUGAUUAGUUUAACACUUAAGACUUUAGCUGAAAUUGUUUCGUAAUCAUAAAUAAAUAAAUGUUAUGCUAAUUCAACAAAUAAUACUGAAUGCUCUGAGAAAAUGGUUAUAUCUUUAACAGUAGAUAAUGGUUAGUAGACUGUGACAGAAUAUAUAAAAAUAAAUGAGACUAUGGUAAAUAAUGAAUCAUCAUAACUUAAAACACCAAUAAUAAUAUCAAUAACAAAGACUCCAGUUUAUGCAUUUUAUCCAUUGAAAUAUACAAAAGAUUAUAAUAGUUAACCAUAUGAGGUGAAAAUAGCAGGUGCCAUAUUAUCAUGUGAUGAUAGUUGGUAUUCGAAUUCUCCAACUUGUGGAUUUCAAUAUUAAAAUAAUAAGAAAAUAUUUGAUAGCCAAGGAUUUUGUUGUUCUUGUGGAAUUUUGGAUAUAAUUGGUCUUAGUGAUGAGUUUGCAAGAGGAAAUAUAUGUAGUUAAGCAGGAUUGAGAACAGCAACAAUGGCAUUUUGUUUACGAUACUCAAAUUUAUGGUAUAGGUAAUAAAUAUAUUAAUAUAAAAGUGGUUAUGAAAUAGGAACUUAUAGUAUAUUUUACAAUAUAACAAUUUCAAUUAUAUAUUCUAAUUAAGAAUAAGAAGAAUUGAAAUUAGGAAGUGAAGUAAAAGUUGUUUAAGGCAAAACUUUAAUUGGUAGAAUAAUUGGAGAUUUUACACCUUUAAAUCCACCACCUUCUUUAGAAUCAUUUAUUUUAAUGAGACCAUCCUCACCUAGUAGUAAUACAAGAGUUUAGGCAGGUUCAUCUGCAUUUAUGAUAAUUUCAAAAGAUAAAGUUGGAGAAGGAGAAUGUAAUAAAAUAGGAGUUUCUUAUACUUCAUUUCGUACAGAGGCAGAUAGAUGUAAAAAAUAAGCUAAAUCUUGUUUAAAUAAUUAAUUGGAAGAUUUUUAUUUAGAAGAUUAAGCUUUAAUUGCUAAUAAUUCAUAACCAAAAUAUUUAUUAUCGAGAUAUGGUAAAUUCAAGUCCAUUUAUAUUAACAAUGAUACAUAUUUAUAAUAUAGUGUAGAAGGAUCAAUGUCUACACUUAUUACUCUUGAAAUUAAUACAACUGGUCGAAUAUCUUAUGUUGUUAAUUUAGGAUUAGGAAAAAUUGAUUUAGCAGAAAUAUAAGAUUUUGAAGCUAAAUCUGGUAAUGGAUUACUUUAUGCCUAAAUUACUAAUAUUGGUGAUAUUCCUAGUGAAUUCAAUACAUAUUUAAAUUGUUCUAUAAAUGUCAUUCCAAUCAAUUCUGUAGCAUUGUAUUUGGAUCCGUUAGAAAGUUACAUUAUCAAAAAAGAUGUUAAUGUAUUAAGUGAUAUGAAUAAAUCUAAUCUAUGCAAUUUUAGUUUAUUGAACAAUUAAGGUACAUUAUUGGAUUGGAAAUUAAUUGAAUUUAAUACAACUGAAAUUUAACAUAUUAGUGAAUAAAAUAGGGAUGAAUAAAAUAUUUAAGAUAAUGAAAUCUUAGCUUCAGAUGAAAUCUAAGAUCAUUGUAUUUCAGAUUGUUCAGUAUUUUUUGAUAUUAAAUGCUAUCUACUUAAUGAAUGCAAUUCUUAAAUUAUUACUUUUUUUAUUGUUCUAGGAUUAACAUUUUUAUUCUUUUUUAUAUGUUUAACUUGCUUAAGUUACAGAAAAAAACUUUGCUGUUGCUGUAAAAAACAUAAAUCUCCUAAAUCUACAGUAUUAGAAUAAAUAAUUUAUAAAGAUUGUAACAAUAAUAAAUAAUUAAAAAAAUAAUAUGAAAAUUCAAUUUUAAAAUCAAAUAAUGAUUCAUAAUAGAGUUACUAUAAUAGUUCUAAUCUUGAUAAUAGAAUUAUGUAUUUAAAUUUGGCUAUAGGUUUAGAUCCUAUUUCCAAUCAUUUAUAAUCAGAUGUUUCAUUUGAAGUUUUGGCAACAUAUUCCAAAAAAUAAUUAAUAAAAAUUACUAUUAAGAAAAAGAGCUAUUUUUUAAAAGUCUUUUAAAAGGUUUAUGGGAAAGAAUCUUUAGAAAAUAAUGUCAGAAAAUAUUUCUAAAAAAAAUGUGAUUCAGUAUUAUUAUUUAGUAAUCUACUAACCAAUCUCCCAUUGUUUGGUUUACUAUGA